CGCGCUAUUAACCACGCUAAGCAACCCCAAGGGGAAUAGAAGGGGUAUUUUAUUUUCUUCCCAAGAGGGGCUGCGAAGAAGUCAAAGGGGAUUUAUGUGAAAACGAAACCUUAGUUCUUUGAGAAGGCAAGAGAGUAGGAAAGGAAAGGGGACGCAGUGAAGAAAGGGACGGAGAUAUUGGUAUAGUGAGAAAAAAGUUGUGUGGGUUUAAGGAGUUAUUUGGUGGCCAUGGAUCCAACGUGCUCUUCUGAGAGCAUUUAUAACCUCAUACCCAGUGACUGGAAGGAGCCUCCCCAGCCUCCUAGGUACAUAUCAGUUUUUAAGACAGCUGUAAAAGAUGACAUGCAAAAAUUUAAAACUGCAAUGAAAACCAUGGGACCAGCAAAAGUUGAAGUACCUUCUCCAAAGGAUUUCCUGAAGAAACAUUCAAAGGAAAAAACUCUACCACCUAAAAAAAAGUUUGAUCGGAAUGAGCCCAAAAAGCCUCCUGUGCCAUUGAGGACUGAUCAUCCAGUCAUGGGAAUACAGAGUGAAAAAAAUUUUAUAAAUACAAAUGCAGCUGAUGUCAUUAUGGGAGUGGCUAAAAAGCCUAAACCAAUUUAUGUUGACAAAAGAACUGGAGACAAGCAUGAUCUUGAAACUUCAGGACUGGUUCCAAAGUACAUCAAUAAAAAGGAUUAUGGUGUCACACCUGAAUAUAUAUGUAAGCGAAAUGAGGAAGUAAAGAAAGCCCAAGAAGAAUAUGAUAACUAUAUCCAGGAAAACCUCAGGAAAGCAGCUAUGAAAAGGCUAUCUGAUGAAGAAAGGGAGGCGCUUCUGCAGGGGCUGAAAAAGAACUGGGAGGAGGUGCAUAAGGAGUUCCAGUCGCUCUCGGUCUUCAUCGAUUCUAUACCAAAGAAGACUCGCAAGCAGAAGCUGGAACAAGAAAUGAAGCAACUGGAACAUGACAUUGGUGUCAUUGAAAAGCACAAAAUUAUUUAUAUAGCCAAUAAGUAAUAACGGAUUUUUAAAGAAUAGUCAUUUUAACACAGGAAAAAAACAUGGAAAACAUAAAAAUGAAACUAUACAGUUUUCAAAGAGGAAAAGACUAUGAAGAGAAUAAAAAUAGUCUUGACCAAAUGUUUAGGCAAUGUUUAAAGAAUAACUGAAUUGUUUACUUGCAUUAGAGAAAAUUUUGUUUUUACCAGUGUCAAGUUUCCACGUAUAAACCAAUUCAAGUUUGAUGUUAUGUGU